UAUAACUUUUAAAUUUCAAAACUCGUUCGGUCAUUCAUACACGUGAGUUACACACACGCACACGUACAGUCUUUUUUUUAUAUAAUGAACAAAUUCGUGUGUCAGUACCGGUUAAACGUAUUCGAUACUGUCACGAAAGAAUUUUUAGAUGGAUUUCAAUUAAGAAAAAGAUUAAAAACUGAAAAGCUAAAUAAACGCGAAAUAACAACAUUUUUCCCAACUAAUGAAUAAUUAGUUGUACAAGGUGUACAGUAUAUGACUCUGAGUAUUAUACAUACACAUCUGCACACGAGGAUAUAAACGUAUGAUGUCGUAAACAAGCAGUACGAGUUCAGUACUAAACAUUAAAAAAAUGUGAUACGUCAACAACAGAUACAUAUCCGUUGUUUAUAUGUUGUUUAAUCGGACAAAAAAUGAAACUUAGUACACGAGAAACGUAUUACAAAUUCCGAAGAAAAGUAAAACGAAAAUAUUUAUCGUUCAACAGCUGAUACGCAUAAAUCAUCGUUCCAAAAAUAAACUUCAACGAUAAGUUGACUCGAUCUUAUUUCUCGUUCCGACGAUUUUGUACGUGUAUAUAUAUAUAUAUAUAUACACACACACACACACGUAUAUGCAUGUACCAAAAUAUAUGUGCUUGUUAAAUAUAAUUAAUUAUAUCAAGGUUAUAUCAUAAAUGAUAAAAUAAAUAUCAUCUUGAUGGAUUAUAUGAUUAGUUACAGAAGUAAUACAUUCUUUGUACACAAUUACCUGCAAGUCUAGCCGAUCACUUGCUUUUGAUUCGGUUACUUUGUUUAUGGUAAGAAAAUUAUUCUUGCAAAAUAUUUGUUAAACAGAAAAAUUGUUAUAUCAUUGGAUAAAAUAUGUAAAAAAGGAAUUUAUCAACCGAUGAUCCCGAUAGAAUUUGCAAACUGAAAUAGGGCAGUAAAAAAAAAAAAAAAUGGAUGCAAAUAAGGCAAAUAACGUGACAUUAAGAAAUAUGUUUUCAAGGAAAUAUUUUAAAUACAUAUUUCCAUGUGAUCUCUUCAGAUUAAUUCUGACCAUUAUUGUAUUAUGCAUUUUGAUAUUAGUCGUAAAAGAAACCAAAUAUAUUGUUGUCCAACAGUACGAAAUAAAUAUAAUUAUCAAAGACAUCCAUGAAGUUGUAGACGAAAAGUGGAAGUAUAACGUAACACUGGAGGAAAUGCCUGGAACUAUACAAUGCAACAACAUUCCUGUUGGAUUACGUUUUGAUUGUCAUCCCGAAGAUGGGGCAUCAGAGCUAUCUUGCAAGAGUAGAGGUUGUUGUUGGAACCCGAUUAAUAAACAAAUUUCAAAGAUAAAACGAGCUCCUCUGAAUGUACCAUAUUGUUACUAUUCAAAGAAUUGGACUAUAUAUAAAUAUGAAAAUUAUAGCAAGGAAGGGAACGAAUUCAUUGGAUUUCUCAAACAAACGGGAAACUCGUUUUACGAAAAUGAUUUACCGUUCGUCAAAGUAGAAAUAAGCUCUGUGGACGAUUCAAUUUUGCGUGUAAAAAUGUACGAUCCCUCGAAAACACGGUACGAGCCACCAUGGCCUGUGAGGCCGGAUCCUAAACCUUUUACUCGAAAAAAUAUUAAUGCAAAGUAUAAAUUAGAUAUCGAUAACACGAAACUUGGUUUCAAAGUGUACAGAACGUCGGAUGAUACAACGAUAUUUGAUUCUUUCAACGUCGGAGGUUUUAUAUUUGCCAAUCAAUUUUUACAGAUUAGUGCUCUUUUACCAACUCAUAAUAUCUAUGGGAUCGGUGAACAUCAAACCGGUUUAAAGCUAAACACUAACUGGCAAUCUUUCACUUUAUUUAACAAGGAUCAACCGCCAAUCGAAAACGCAAACCUGUACGGAUCUCAUCCGUUUUAUUUGAUGAUGGAAAAUUCCGGUAAAUCUCAUGGAGUACUCUUUUUGAAUAGUAACGCUAUGGACGUAAUAUUACAACCAUCGCCUGGUAUAACAUUUCGAAGUAUCGGUGGUAUUUUUGAUAUGUACAUUUUCCUUGGACCAAGUCCCGCGGAUGUUGUAAGACAAUAUUCCGAAAUAGUCGGCAAACCUUUCUUACCACCUUAUUGGUCUCUUGGUUUCCACUUGUGCAGAUACGGAUACAAAACUUUGGAAGAAACGAAAAAAGUGUGGAACAGAACCGUAGCAGCGGAAAUUCCAUUUGAUACGCAGUGGAACGAUUUAGAUUAUAUGGAUAAAAAUAACGAUUUCACAUAUAAUUUAGAAAAGUUCAAGGAUUUGCCAAAAUUCGUGAAGGAACUUCAUUCGAGAGGAAUGCAUUAUAUUCCGUUGAUCGAUGCUGGAAUAUCUGGUUCGGAAAGCAACGGAUCCUAUGCACCAUACGACGAAGGUUUGAAGGAGGACUUGUUGGUGAAAGACGCGGCAAUCAAUCGACCGUUUGUCGGAAAAGUGUGGAAUAUGAUUUCGACCGUUUGGCCGGACUUUACGAAUCCCAAAACACCGGAGUACUAUUUUCGUAUGAUGAGAAAUCUGCAUAACAGCUUUCCGUUCGAUGGCGCCUGGAUCGAUAUGAACGAACCUUCGAAUUUUUACAACGGCGGUAAAGAGGGAUGUACGAAAAAUGAUUUGGAUUAUCCGAAAUACGUGCCUAACGUCAUCGAAGGUUUACUCGCGACAAAAACUUUGUGCAUGAACGCUAAACAUUAUUUGGGGAAUCAUUACGAUCUUCACAAUACCUACGGCAUCGGUCAAGCGGUAGCAACUAAUUACGCAUUGAGGAAAAUUCGAGGAAAACGACCGUUCAUAAUAUCACGAUCAAGUUGGGUGGGUCAGGGACAUUACAGCGGUCAUUGGACAGGAGACGUUUAUUCCUGUUGGCACGAUCUAAGAAUGAGUAUUUCUGCGAUCCUGUCAUCAAAUUUUUAUCAAAUACCGAUGGUUGGCGCAGACAUUUGUGGAUUCAAUGGAAAUGCCACGAUCGAGUUGUGCAAUCGUUGGAUGCAACUUGGCGCGUUUUAUCCAUUUUCGCGUAAUCACAAUUCCGACGACACAAUCGAACAAGAUCCAGUCGCAAUGGGUGAUUUGGUGGUGAAUUCGGCGAAACGCGCAUUAAGGAUACGCUAUUGGCUUUUACCGUAUCUAUACACAUUAUUUUUCCGGGCGCAUAAGUUCGGAGAAACUGUAGCGCGGCCAUUGUUCUUCGAGUUCCCUAGCGAUUCGAACACGUACGAUAUCGACGCUCAGUUUCUAUGGGGAAGUUCACUGAUGAUCGUACCAGUUUUGGAAGAAGGUAAGAAAACGGUAACGGCUUAUUUGCCGCGCGGACCGUGGUACGAUCUUUAUACGAGGAAUGUCACGUUCGGAGUGGAUAAAUAUUACACGCUGAACGCUCCGCUCGAUAUUAUACCGUUGAUGAUUCGCGGUGGAUCGAUUUUACCGGUACAGAGACCGGCCACCACCACGACAGAGAGCAGAAAAAAUGAUCUCGAGCUGUUGAUAGCGUUGGAUCACGUUAACAAAGCGAAAGGAGAAUUGUAUUGGGACGACGGUGACAGCUUAGAUUCGUACGAAAAGGAAGAAUUUGUAUGGUUGUUGUUCGAGGUCGAGAACGAUACUCUGUCGAGUUACAAAGCGGAGAAGAAAAGUCGAUUCAAAGAGAAAAUUGCCCUUAACAGGAUCGAAAUAUGGGGGAUCAGGCAAAACGUGACGCAAGUUUAUCUAAACGGCCGGAAAAUACCAUUCGAUUACGAUAACGAGGACAACUAUUUGGACGCGGCCAAUUUACAAAUUGAUCCGAGAAACGAAUUUAAACUGUCCUGGAAAUAAAUCGAUCGUGGAUCGAACGAUCACAUGGAGAAGAACCGUAUUCGGGAGCUGCGCGCCGAUCGUCGACGAAUCACGAGGCAAGUAAGUUGCGAUAUACGUAUACUGUUAAGCAUCGCGUUUUCGUGCCUUUAACCGCACGAUAUAUUGUACGAUCUUUAUACUAUAUUUGUAUACAUCGAAAUAAAUUGUUCGAAUAGAAAGGAAAAGAUUUUAUUUUAAUGACCGUUUCGGUUGUACAUUGCACAGUACAAUAGACGAUAGAAUGCGUAAUCAUUGACGCGUGUAUAACAAAAAACGAUAAAUAUAACUUUGAAUUUCGUUCGAUAACGCAAGACUACGUGGUGAAGGGUGUAAAACGUAACGUAACGCAACGUAACGCAACGCAACGCAACGCAAGGUAAAGCGGCAAUAAAAAUAACAACGUCACUCGAUCGGCCACGCGCGAGCUACGCGUCAGGAAGAAAGCUGAUCGAGAGAAUUUUUACUUUGGCACCGAUAACUCGAAGCGAGUGAAAAUAAACGUCGAAAUAUCGAAAUCUCGGCACGAGUUCUAAGUACAUAUUCACCGUGACCGCGCAACAUUUCCUUUGACCUCGAUCUAUAUUCAAUGAUUUCUACGACCUCUGUUUGCAUUUGUACAGCGGGCGGAAAAGCAGAUUUCGAUCUUUCGAAUAAAUUUCCAGACAACGUACGGUCGUUCGUGUCUCAAUGUAUUUAGCGGUUUACCAUUCGACUCGCGAGCGACCGAUUCGCAAAGUGAAAACGAAAAAAGAACGAAUAUACGAUCGCGCGAUACGUUUUAAGAUGUUUUAAACUCCGAACGGGCUUGUUAUCGUUCCGUUCAUUUUGCGUAUCGGCGUCACGGUUGCGCUGCGGUGUAGCGGUGUAGCGGUGUAGCGGUGACGCGAUCGAGCCAACUACGCCCCGACUAAAACAAAUAGAGUAACUAACGUUUGAAACAUUUGUGCCUAGCACCGAAUAUAGGACGCUUUUUUUUCUUUCUUUUCAACGAAUCUAAAUGACAAUAUCGUAACGCUAAUGCGAUAGGUAACAUACAAACGUAUAUUUAUCACUAUCUUCUCUCUAUUCGUAUCCGGCGCAUGAUAAUAUAACGUGUAUAUCUAAUAUAUGUAAAUAUGUGUGUGUAUAUUUGUUCAUUCGCUAAUUAUACUACGUAGGUGAUUGUAUACGCGUACGCGUAUAAUAUUUUGCGAUCUUGAUCGUUAUUGUCUGGUCACAUUUACUUACACCUAUCUAAAGAACGUCGCGUUCGAAAAGUAAUAUACCGCGGAGAACGGUAAGCGAACGUUAAUCGGAAUCGAGUAACAACUCGAAUCGAUUCGAUGUACGGUAAGGCCCUUUGGCAUCGAAGUCUCCGAACUCGGGCUGAAAUCUCGCGUCUCGAAAUUGCUCGAGCACGAUCGACGAAACAACACGGUCAAGUUGUAGGCAAUUUUACGUGUCGUAACGCGCAUAAACGAAAGUGAAUCUAAACUAAAAGAAGGUAAGGCAAAAGAAUUAGCCUCUUCGAAUUAGGAUACGCGCGUGUACUGGUCGCGUGCGCGUAAAUUAUAAAUGCUAAGAAACAUGGCAAGAAGCGUCCGGUAGUUCUCUCUGGUUCUCUCACACACACACACACACACACACACACACACCCUCUUUCUCUUUCUCUUUUCUAUACACGAGUUUUCUUAUCGCCGAAGGAAAUGUGUUUUCCCUUCCACGAUAAAGAAACGUUCGUUUCACCGUUCUUUCGAACGGAACAAAGAUUCGUGUUUCGCGAUAAACCUUACGCGUCACGGACUAAUCGUAACGAUCGCUGCAAUAUUGUCGUACGAUCUUUCGAAUAUCGAAUAAAUAGGCUCGAGGUAAAAAAAAAAA